AGGUAGAUUACUCAGAAUCUCUGUUCUUCCUUGGCUCCAAGAUUUCAUUUAAAAUGGACCUUUGGAUCUUUUGCUGCUAAGUACCAUUUAUUUCCUUUCAUUGUACGGCCAUUAUGAAGCCGCCGAAAUAAGAAAAGUCAACGCAUUGACCGGUCAGAUGAACAGCGCCGGUCAAGUCUUCAGGUUCUGCAGAUAAGUAAAAAGGAAUGAAAUCAACAAGCAGGAGAAGGAGACCCUUUUACUUUUUCUUUUCCUUUUCCAUUGUCUUCUCUUGUUGGGCCGAUAUGUCGGCUGUGGACUUCAAACCAACGUCAAGGAGAGCGACGGGUCGUUUUAACUUCAAACCAACGUCAUCAUUUGGGGGCAAAAGGGAAAGAAAAAGAACCUUUCACAAAACCCUCCUCGAAGCAAACCCAGAAACCAAAGAACAAGAUGAACAUGAACCCACUUCUCUGGCACAAAGUCGCUGCGAUUUCUGGCGUUGCAGCUCUUGGAUUGGGCACGUACGGCGCUCACGGUUUCAAACCCAAAAAUCCAGCUUAUAAAGAGGUUUGGCAAACGGCGUCUCUGUAUCAUUUGGUUCACACAGCGGCUCUGCUUGCUGCCCCUUCAACCAAGAACCCUAAUAUUUUUGGAGGCCUUUUGACUGCUGGAAUCCUUGCAUUUUCUGGCACGUGCUAUACUGUGGCCCUUCUUGAAGAUAGAAAAUAUUCUUCUUUAGCUCCAUUUGGUGGCUUUGCUUUCAUUGGUGCAUGGGCUAGCUUGCUCUUCUAAAUUUUCCCAGUUUCGAUAUGUUUACGAUUACUUAUCGCAUCGAUGUUUUUCGAUAAAGGUAUCUGAUUCUUGAUUCAACCCAUAUGUUGUGUUAAAGCAUAUGAGGACUGUACAAAUUGGAAAUAAUCAGAGUUAGCUUAUGCCCUUUUUUCUUUUCUUUUUUUAAAGGUUCAGAAUAUAUUUAGUAAUUUGAUAAAAUCUAGCUCAUUGAGUAUACUUUCUUUUUGGACAAUCUAUACUUUAUGUAAGAGAAUAAUACUUUUGUUUUUUUAAAUAUGGCAAUUAAACUUUUGGCA